AUGCCUCGUCCCGGAGACGGCUCAAGCCACAACGGCCCAUUCGAGGAAUAUGGUCACGAUAUCGUCCACGGCGCAGGAUCUGCUGAGACGUCCAAGGUGCCGAGGGCGGAGAAGACGGCCGACUUGCCGGAAGGUCUGAAGGAGCAGGGCGCCGGGAUAAAGGGCAUGAAUGCGAGCGGUGGUCAGAGCCAGGGAUUGAAGAAGAGUGGUGAGGGCGGUGAGGUUGGUCAGGGCGGACGGCACAUUUGA